CGCAAGACCGUUGCAGCUUUACACUGGUUGCGCUAAUUUUGAUCGAAUUUGAUUUGUCAGCGGGGAUGUGGACAAAUUCUCCCUGUUACCUUAAAUUUUAAACUCAAAGUCUACGAUGCUACAGACGGGAAGUUCUGAGGGUCCACUAAACCGGAAAGAGUAGAUUUUUGAAUCGAUAGCGCCAUAACGGCGACUGGCGAGGAUCCCCUUACGGCCUGCUGCCUGCAGAAUGGAGAGCUUUCUGCAGUUUCUGUGGAAUCAACGUUUUGCACCACUGGUACUCCUACAUUGCUGGUUAUUUCUGAAACUUUUAUUGGCUCGCGACGUCUGUGGCCUGAUCUUCCUGGUGGAUCUGGCGUUUAUUGCGGAGCUUCUAGAGCAUGUUAACGGAAAGUGCGGAGUAAUUUCUUUCUCGAAUGGCAGCCAAAAUUCUACGGCACUUGCACCUGAAGAACCAAUCCUGGAGGUCCAAGAACUUCAGCACCAGCAUUGCCUCACUUUCGAUACCGUUGGCUGUCAGACGGAUCAGGAUGAAACGGAUUCCAGAGAGCAACAAAGUCCCGUGUGCGAGAAACUGACUUUCGACACCGUUGGCUGUCAGACGGAAAAGGAUGAAGCCGAUUCCCAAGAAGAACAGAGCCUCGUGACUCCUGUCUGCGACAAAGUGGUCGGUCAGGAGAUGUCCACUCAAACGGACGAGCCAUCGCUCGCUCUGGCCCAAACGGAUAUGUCACUGGAUAUGAAUUCUCCUCCCCGUCGUUUCGUUCGCCAGCUGAUUAAACCUCCAUCUCCGCGGGCAGAAGUCCAGACGCCGCAUCAUGACUUCGAGGUGAAUGAAGCGCUGUGCGAGGAACUGCAACAAGUGAAUUUUCAGCUGGACAUUUUGACCGCUGAAAAAGUCUUACGGGAGGCCAAAGUUCAGGAGCUGCUUACGGAGGCUAAGGAUGUUUUGACUCUAGUGGAAGAGGCUGCGGCUCACAAAAUUAAAGCGGAGUCCGAAAAGGCUGGCGCUCUGCAACGUCUGGAAGUGGCAGAAAAACGCCUUGUGGAAUUUGAAGGUGAAGUGAAUGAUGUCCGUCUGGUUGUGGACAGUCAGCGUAAAAUCAUCGAGGACCUUAAAGCACAGCUGGAUGCUCAAGCCGAAGAAAUGAAACGGACAAUGUCGAUGGAAGACGACGACGAUGAUACCCCGCUACCCGAAAAGUACCGCACGUUACAGGAGAAAUACGACAAAAUUGAGGAAAUGUUCGACCAGACCAUUGUGGAAAAUGAGCAGUUGGUAAAGGACAAGCAAGUACUGAGCUGCGAAAAAACCAGUUUGGAGUCGGAAGUGGAGAGUCUGAAUGCCCAGAUUGCACUGCUACGAGAUGAAGUAAAAGUUAGUCAGAAUGCGGUUUCUGCUAAGGAGACGGAGAUGGAGGAGCUAGUGAUAGGAUUGAAUACGAGAAUUAAGGAAUUGCAAACUGGUCUGCACAAUGAGUCGGUCAAAUUCGAUAUGAUGGAUGCGAAUUUGCUGUCGUUUACCAGUUCUCCGAAACGCUCACAACUACACACUUCUGUGAUCCGUACACAGAGCGGGACUGUGGAUGGCCAGCACAGUGAAUCGGUCCGAAGUGGUACAAUGGAUGGAAGUCUGAUCUCGUUGGGAACAUCACCGAAACGGUCACAGAUGCAGAAUAUGUUCCGCGCACAGCAAAUAGUGGAAAGCCAGAAGUGCCGAAUCUCCAUGACCAGUUUCUCGUUGAAGAGUGAUGAAGGCAGUAACGUUUCGAUGCCACUGGGGAAUGACACGAGCGCAUUGAAUGCUAGUGUUGCCAGUAUGCCCGGCAAUCUGCUGGUCACGCCGACAACUGACAACUUGAAGAAGCGCAAGGAGUGGUUUAACAGCGCGGAAAAAAGUGUUGUUUCAACUAAGCAUGUGCGGUUUGAAUCAGGAAGUGAAGUGGGAGGCUUGGUGUCGAACGUGAAACCUGAUUUUAGCCGCCCAGCAUUGUCUGCCGUCAAUGGAAAGCAGUUUGCGGUGUCCAAACCGUUAAAAAAGCGGCCUAGUAUUCAUUCCAAUAUCCCCGUUAGUCAAAUGCUCCCACCCACUCGAAUUCCUUCCUUUUCUCCUAAACCACCAUUUAUUCGGCCUGCCGGCAACUCGGAAUUAAGUUUAACCAUAAGGUGAAGUUGAUCCAGCCUACUCCCGAAGCGCGUCAACAGCAGAAGGCAGGGUUGGCCCUUGUGGCACAGCAUCUAGCGGAGCAGCAGAUGAAUCGUUCGCUGCGGACUAGUGCUAGUUUUAUGACUUCACCGGCCCCCAAUCCGCGCCGCCAGUACUACAGUGAACAGUACUCUUCAGCGUUGGCUUCCAAAAUUUGCCUCAUGAUUCUCCAGUCUGUGGUUAGUUUUGCUUGUUUUAGAAUCUCUGAAGCUGGUUUUCUUUGUUUAUAUUGCGCAGUUUUUCGGAAGGUUUUUUUAUUAUGUGGAUAGAUGAUGCUCUUGAAAGGUUGUGUAAGUAUACGUGUUUUCUCUGGUUCGGAUAGUAGUGUUGAGUUAACACACGUGAUGAAUGUUGUAUGAGUGCAUAAACAGGCAUAUUGAAUGUUUAAAAUUUGCUCAACUGUCCUGCGGUAGUUGUUUUUCGGCUUUCAUUUAGAAACUGCACAUUGAAUCCGCGACAAGUUGUUUUCAUAAAAUGUUCUCGAUAAUUUUGUUUGUAUCU